AUUGAAUCUUAAUGUUUUAAGUAGGUAGUGAAUAAUUUAUCAACUGCAAAUGAAAAGGCUGUGAUUACGAGUUUUAAACCGUUUAGUUUAAUAUUAGGAAGCUUUAGUUGUGUUCAACGGUCAAAAUGGAUGAGGAGAAAUUUUUGACCCCGCGGAAGAUAUUCCAGAAUGCCUUUAACGUGGCACGUAAAUCUACCACUGGUUCCCCGUCGGUAGCAGUGUACACUCCUACCUCGUUGUCCCGGUCGGCAGCCAAUAGCAGCCGAUUCAAUUUACUGCCGGUUAUUCAAACCCCGCCUUCCAGAUUGGUAAACGGAAAGGUAAUAAAUCCGUUCGAGGCUCAUCUAACGGAUCGGUUGCAUUUGCCAUUAAUCUGCAGCCCGUCACUGUUUCAUCGACCCAGUACCCCACAGAGUGGGAGCACUCAGCAGUUCGAAUGGACAAUAGAUGAGGUUUCGUAUCUGGGACCCGCCAACGUAGAACCGCAUGAAACGCAGUUCAUGGAUACUCCCGAUCCAGUAUUGGAAGCUAAAGCCCAAGCGGCAAUUAGUACCUACUUUAAAGAGCAUAAUAUAGUUCCUAGUCCAGUAGACUGCCAGCUACGUAAGCAAAAAAUACUACUAAAAAGUGAAAGUUCUUCCGGCGUCAGUUUCAUAGACAGCCGUAAUUCAAAACGGAAACGAGAUGGAAUUGCUCAAACCUUACUGACAUUCCCACCGAAUUUACCCAAAGAAAUGGAAGAACUCCUGGCCCGUUUCUGCACUUAUCACGAUGACCAACAACAGGCGAAUGAGAGGAUGAAUGAAUCGGAGGUCAGCAUUGAUCACGACGCAAGAGAUGCCUCUUUGAGGCGGAAGCUUUUUAACUGUAUGAAAGGUUCGUUUGGUUCUGAAUCAGACGGGGAGGACUCUCUUGACCAAAUAGACCUGCGGUCCUUGAGCCCCGCACCGGUUACCCCUGAACUGGAUCGAGAAUCUGUGCAAAACUUGAAACGAUCGCGAUGUUUCGGGUCUCAAGAAAUUUAUAUUUCUCCAGGGGAUAUUUCUAUCAGUCCAGUCGUAGCCGACAGUUCAGUUGCUCAGAGAGAUAAGGAAUCGUUCGGUGCGCUGUCUCCGAUUUCUAAGAGCUCGACGUCGCCCUCGCCCUUGAAAGGGCCUGCCACGAAUUCAACCGAAUUGCCUGGAUCGGACUGUGACCACGAUGCUAUAUACCGUAGCACACCCGAAAAACCCAAAACAGGAGGCAUCCUCAGUCAGAUAAAUUGCAGUGGUACCAGUCAUCACAUGUCGGUCGAUCUAAGCGACAAACUGGUUGAUACAACGACCGAAUUUACCGAAGAAGAGUUAUCCUACGAAGACAAGGUGCUCGGUUCAUCCCAAUCCACGUCAUCGAUGUCCCAGCAUCCCACCACUCCGCUGAGGCACACCAGCAGGCAGAAACGUUGCAACAGGAAAAAUUUGUCUCGUUCGUUUUUGCUUUACUCUGACGAGGAUCGUCUCGCAGAAGAACAGGAUCAUGAUGAGGACCAAUUAAAAGCACAUGUAUUACAGCAACGAAGCUUCAGUGCCGUCACUGUGGGAAAGGAAAAUGUUCUGCUUCACAUUAGUGACAGCGAACAAAAAGUCGCCGGUAUCAAAUCGGAACGCGAUGGAAAGCACAAUCGUGGUAACAUUUAUCGCAUGGAUAGUGGAUUUAACGAAGAUGAAACAACACGCGGAAGCCAGGAGACUGUUGAUUACUUUGAGACUGAUGUUUCGAUGCAAUCGGAGUGUUGCAGCGGUUGGACGCCCAACCGAACGGGCAACAAAACGGCGACGUCCGCCGAGCAACAUCUUGCCGGUUGCUCCAUAAGACUGUAA